GCAGGCGGAAGCGCUCGCGCGGGGCGGAGGUGACUCGAGCGGGGGAUAGCUGUUGAGAUCGGGCUCGUGGCAACAACGGUCUCCGAUGGCGUAUCAUUACCGGCCUCAGCAACCGACCAACAACGGCCUCCCCGAUCAAGGCUUCCUGUGGAAUGUCUUCCAGAGAGUUGAUAGAGACCGAAGUGGUGUUAUAUCUGAAAGUGAGCUUCAGCAGGCUUUAUCCAAUGGAACAUGGACACCUUUCAAUCCAAAGACUGUCCGGUCCAUCAUAGGAAUGUUCGACCGGAAUAAUAGAGGAGGAGUGGAUUUCAAUGAAUUCAUGGGUCUUUGGAAGUACAUAAUUGACUGGCAGAACAUCUUUCGAACAUAUGACCGGGACAACUCUAACUUCAUUGACAAAAACGAACUUAAACAGGCAUUAUCAGGUUUUGGGUACCGUCUGUCCGACCAGUUCUACACUAUCCUCCUUAAUAAAUUUGAUCGACAAGGACGAGGCCAGGUAGCCUUUGAUGAUUUUAUUCAGUGCUGCAUUGUCUUGCAGAGACUGACGGAUGUAUUCAGGCGAUAUGAUACUGACCAGGAUGGUUGGAUUCAAAUUUCGUAUGAGCAGUACCUCAACAUGGUCUUCACUGUCCUAUAAAUGUUUAAUACUUGACUAUAGCCAAUUUUGAGUCAGGUGAUGCUUGCAAAUUAUCAUAUCAAAACUUAAGACUUAAUUGAGAACACAUGAAAGUUAAACGCUCAUGUAAAUCUUCAGGCAUAAUAUGCAAGAAAAUGUUGACCAAUUUCUUUUUUGUAAAAUGGAGACAUUUAACUCUAAUACUGGUAAUUGAUUUAUGCAGACAGAUGUGCCAUACAAUAUCCUGUUGCAUCUGUGACAAAUGGGUUGAUAACCAUUUUAGAUGUACAGUAGCCAAGCUUAUCUAGAGCAGGAAAAGGUUUGUUAUGCAUGGUGCCUUAAGUUAACAAUUCAAACUGAGUAAAUCUGUAAUGCAAACUAAAUUUACCAAGGCACAGCUUGCUUAGGUUAGUUUUUUCAUUUUAAAUGCUUAAUAUGUUCUUUGUAAUUUAUAUUAAACAAAAUUAUGUUAAUAGUUUUGAUGAAAUUGUAAUGGGAAUCUGGUUAAAGCAUCAUGUAAUAUGCACAGACCUGAGCCUUUUGUACUUAGCUGGGGAAAUGCCAUUUAUGAAACUUGGUCUGGUAUAAGCAAAAUGCUGUAAACAAGUAGAUGUGCCAAAUAUUUAUCUACUGUAACUUUAUAAUGCUAACAGAAAUAAAUCUUACUUUUCAAUGUUA